AUGGGAAAGAAGAAAGCUGCUGCCAAAAACAUAAAUGGCGUACCGGUUAUUCUUUUAGAAGACUUGGCGAUGCGCUUCGUCUUGAACGUACCGGCUGAAGAACUCGCCAAUCCGAAUCGGAUCUUGUUCUUAAUUGAACUCGCAUGGUGGCAUUACGAAGAUUUCAGUCGCAAAAACGACGCGACGCUGCCAAAGUUUUCUUUAUCGAACUUUGCCGAAUUGCUAUACCUGACGAUCCCACAAUUGAAAAGAUUCGCUCCAAAAGCGAAGGAGAUAUAUGGUAAAUUCGUCAUGUAUAAGUUUAGCGUACCGUGUGCGGGUGCAAUCUUACUCAAUCCGGACAUGGAUAAGGUUAUUCUCGUGAAAGGCAUGGCAAAAAAUUCCUCGUGGGGUUUUCCAAAAGGUAAAAUCAACGACGGAGAGAAGAUGACUACGUGUGCGGCGAGAGAAGUUGAAGAAGAAAUUGGCGUAAACAUUUCGAGUUUGAUUGAUGAAAACGAGUUCGUGUUUCAUACGAAGAAAGGAGUUACGAAGCAAGAAACGACGUUGUACAUUAUUCCCGGAGUCUCGGAGCAAACGCACUUUGCCACGUACACGAGAGAAGAGAUUUCGCAAAUUUGUUGGCAUCCAAUCGGGAAUUUAGAUCCAAACAUAAAAACGAGCAAGCGCGUCAAAGGAGUUAGAUAUUUCGGAGUUCACGAGUUUUACUAUGGGUUGACGCAGUGGAUAAAAUCAGCUCGCAAGAAAAACAUCAAAAUUCAAAAUUCAAUCGACGCGCCGAUGAACUCUCCCGGGCAAUUUAUUGCAAAACAGUACGUCGAAUCCGACGACGAAGAUGACGACUACGGGGGAGGAUUCACUUCAAUCGAAGCCCUGGAAAAUCGAUUUAUGGAACAAGCUGCGGAGAACGUGUACGGAAAGUACGAUGAAAGAAAUAUGGCGGCAUUUAGGAUGGAAUCGUUCUCAUCCUUGAAAAACUUUUCGUUGGAUAGACAAGCGAUUAUGAACGCCAUUUGA